UAUUACUGAUUUGUAUUAAAUAUAUAACAAAUGCAAAUAAAAUAUGAAAAGAGUAGUCGUAGGAGUCUCUGGAGGAGUUGACAGUGCAGUAACUGCACUUUUGCUCAAGCAAAAAGGAUAUGAUGUUCAAGGUGUAUUUAUGAAAAACUGGGACACGGGCGAAGAAACUGGUGUUUGUACGACUUCAAAAGAUCUAGAAGAUGCAAAAUGGAUGUGUGAUCAAAUCAAAAUUCCUUUUCGUGAAGUUAAUUAUGUGAAACAUUAUUGGAAUGAUGUCUUUAGUCAUUUAGUUUCUGGUUACCAAAAAGGCUUAACACCAAAUCCCGACAUACUCUGCAACCGAAACGUGAAAUUCAACCAUUUUCUUAACUAUGCACUAAACGAUUUACAAGCUGAUGCUGUUGCAACUGGACACUACGCUAGAACAACAUUUGGACCGUAUUUGGAAAACUAUCAACCAAAUACAGAUGUGCAUCUAUUGGAAGCUUUUGACAAAACAAAAUGCCAAGCUUUUUUCUUAUGUGGAAUCAGACAAAAAUCUUUGAGACGUAUAAUGUUUCCAUUGGGCGAAUUAAGGAAGGUGGAUGUUAAAGAAAUUGCUAGAAAUUCUGGUUUAGUUAGGUUGGCCAAGAAGAAGGAAAGUAUGGGGAUUUGUUUCAUUGGGAAAAGGCAUUUCCAAGAUUUUAUAGCAGAGUAUGUCGAUCACAUUCCUGGCAACUUCAUCGACGUGGACACUGGCAAAGUGGUUGGCACCCACAAUGGUAUCCACAUGUGGACAAUUGGACAACGGACAAACUUAUCAGGGUUCAGCAAAGCCUACUUUAUUUUGAAGAAGAUUUCCCCUGAUAUUUUAGUAGCUGCUGGUACAGACCACCCCAGAUUGCACACAAGAUUUGUCUUAUCCCACGAACCGAAUUGGAUUUGCCACGAGCCACUGGAGUUGACCAAAAACAAAAUAUUGGAAUGCUCUUUUCGAUUUCAGCAUACAAAACCUUUAAUUUCAUGUCGUAUAGUUAAAUAUUCUGUAAAUAAAUUGUUUAUUAUGUUAGAAAAAUCAGCAAGAGCGAUAACUCCUGGACAAUAUGCUGUUUUUUAUAAAGACGGUGAAUGUUUGGGAGGCGCUCAGAUUAUUGGACCGGGACCAUCAGAUAUUUAUUUUAAUAGAGAAGAGUUAUGA